AUGCGUACGCGUGUGGAUCGUUCCGUUGACAUCUUCAUUGCCCUACAUCCAUGCGUCGAAGAUACUUCAGAGGAGAGAACGGGUGACACGUGUUGUACCAAUGAUAUGGCGCCAGAAGAAGGUUGUGGAAGCAUGGCUCGCCCUAACAGGAUGCCAUGUAUAGUAUUGCCUUCUUCUUUACAAGUUCAGGGGAGCGGAACACAUAUAUUGUUUCACAAUGGCUGUAUUGAUCAUCGUUCCAUUGCAACUACGCUGGGUGACGCGGCGUGGGAGGAGUUACGGCGGAGUGGUACAUUUUGGUUUCUUUCCUGCGUUCCCCCUCAUUUGUCCGCAAAGGGUGAAAGUCAGGCCUUGAGUGGACUGGGCGAGGUGGAGGCAUUCAUGCUGCAGGACUUGACAGGACGAGUGCUAGAUGUUGCUUCCUCGCCACUGGAAGUGUCUGUAAUACAAUGGAUGGAGGGAGGGGCUGUGUCUCAUACGGCGGGUGAAGAUGAGUUGCCCUGGCGAUACUCGAAUGAAAGCAGCGGUCAAUUUAUGGGCGUGCAAGCAGUAGUCGAAUUUGUGAAGGAACGCCUAACGGAUACGGAACACGAAGCAGCAACGUUUUGCUUUCAUUUAGUAAGCAUUACAUUUCUUGAUUCUAGGUGUGCACGCACCAGUGAGAUUGUUCUGGCGGGUGUGAACGCGUCUUUUGAGGCCUUGCCAACAAGUAACUCCCGAGCACUCGUCGCGGUGCGUUGCUUGUUUGCUAAUGCAGCUUCUGCUGUGUUGGGACACUCACAGCCCCAGGGGCACGGCAGUUGUAGUAUUCCUGAGCUUAACGCAUGGACCUCACAAAUUCUACCAGAAGAAAUCGUCAGGUUUCUCAUUGUACGACGCUUGUAUUCCACAAAGAGAGUAAAUGAGGAAGAGGUGGAGGAAGAGCGAGAAAAAGAGCCUUGUCAAUUUUGUUUACCGUCAGUACGCGUGGUGUAUGCCGUUCUGGAAAUAGAUGAAAAGGCGCUUCUCCAUCGGGACAAGGAGGUGCGUACCGACCACAGCACAUCAGCGCCACUCCUGCGGUAUAUCUUCUUCUGGUGCGCACUGGGGGCCCUCGUGGUCACGGAUGACGUUGAUGCUGACUGCGAUACCACCGAUGGUCGUGAUAACAACGCCAUGAAUGGCACUCAAGAUAACACAUGUGGUAUGGAUCCACGACAAGGCCCAGCUAAUGGAGUAGGAAAUGCCAAGGAGUGGCUACAAAAAUUGCUUAUCGAACCUUUGCUUUUUUCUCGGUUAAUGGAUGGCUGGCGUGAUGGAGGGGGAGGUGAUGAAGUGGUCUGCUCCACUCGACGCCUUCUCACUGCUCUUGAGCAGUCGCACCACGUGGCAAACUGGGUGAGGGAAAAGGGGUUGCAGCGACGGGUGCGGGGUCUUGUUUCGUCUGCGGUACAUCCAUCUAUUUCUGUAGGCGAUGUGCUGAGUCUUUAUAGCGCGGAAAGUGACGCUCUUACUUGGUGUCAGCGGCUGGAGUGGGAGUAUUACACCGCGCUUGGGGAUCUUUUUGCGUCGCGUGCUUUUCCGUCGGGGUGCCUUGUCGCAACUAAACCGAAGCAGCAUUGUGACGCCUCCGUUCAGUGUCCAGAAGCAUCAAAUCCACUGGACAAAAGCAGGGAAAUGGAAAUGACGCUGUUGAGGCAUGAAAGCUAUCAUGAAGGCCCUUCAGAGCCUCCUCCUGAAGGUAUUACGAGCGUGGAGCCCCGUACGUUAGCUUCCCCCUGUGAAGAGUUGAGUUAUUCGACAGCAUGUUUCUCACCACAUGAACGAAUGCUGCAGUCACUGUUAGUGUCAUCGGGUGACCUAUCUCGUCGUUUAAUUGAAGCUGAGGCCGUUAGAAGACUUUUGAUUGAGUUUCGCGCUGCAGAGUGUAUGGUGUCCAUACUGUUUUCUCUUGCAGAUCAAUGGCAACGCUGUCAUGUAAAACAAAUAAAUUUGCCCAGUAAGUUGUGGCUCACGAAGGAGGACGAAGACGAGGAGGUGGAAAAAGCAUGGCAACAUGCCUUGCGUGGACGUCACGGCGAGCUUCACUUGCAGUCGGGGUUGCUACGAGAAUAUACCAAUAUGACUGAGGGCAUCUUUUUAUUGUUGCUAGACAAUGUCGAAGAGAAGCUCUUGUGCUUCAUGGACGCUGCAGCUGCUCCAACGCGAGAGAACAAACUGAACUUACUUCGUGUUUCCCCCUUCAAAUGCAUGGAUGCAACCGUGCGGACGACGAUGCUGUCUAAUGAGCGUCAGCCGGCGCUUAUGUGUGGAGACUUUCCUGGAUCUGAGUCAUACAUUUUUUCCCAGAAUGACAACUUUCAUCAGCAGCUAUCAGCUGAAGUGUUACCAACGAUGAAGUCAGUCGAUGUAUUCGAGGAUGGGGGCUUUCACUUGCAGCGGCGGCUUGGCGAGGAGGGUGAUGCACCGACGAUGGAGGGCGGCACACUGAGUGGGCCAUCCCCGCAUCCUGUGGAAGAUGCUGCGAAGGACUGCUGCGAAGACGGCAGGGCCGUUGUGAAGGAUAAACGCCGGGUGCCGAUGACAGAGAGGGAUAGUUUGGUGUCUUUUUGUCUGAACCGUGUUUGCCGCCACGGAGACACGUUGAAUGAGGUUUCAUCUGGACAUCGUCAUCGGCUCUGCCGUGCCAACACACGUGGUUCCGCGCAAGAUCCGCUUUAUCGCCGACUGCUUACUACAGGAGGCGUCAAGACUGUUGCGGACCCUCAAGCUACUUGCAAGGGGCCGCUACCUGCCCUAAGCUUUUCCGAUAUUACGAAGGAGAGUGCAGGUUGGUCAGAGUCGCAGGACCUCGACGAUUUUAGGAAACUGUUUGCGUACGGUAUUUACGUGGUGGGGGCGGCCGGGAGUGGGAAAUCGAGUUUAAUAUGCGCUCUCUUGCGUGAGGCGUCCCUGGUUGCUCCUCCUCCAACGGUUGAGCUGCACACAAUGACUAUCCGGCGAACCUCAACAAUCGUUGAGGUGCCUUUUCCGAAGAACCCACUCCCCCUGGGUGGCCACUGCAACGCUACACCGUCCAACCUGCAGCAGUGGAUGAAUGCCGUUGAGGAGGGAAGUGCGGCGCCGUCUCGGGUUUGCGUGAAUCUUGUGGAGUUACCGGGCCCUUUUUUACUCGUGGCCAGUAGAGGAUGUGUGAAGCUGCCAAUCCGAGGUGUUGUGUAUUGCAUUACCUAUCAUCUGCAAGAUGACUGGGAAGUGACAAAAGAAACGAUAUGGCAACAUGUGCUUACGCUCCAGUAUGCUGUGGCGAUGCCAAGUUCACAUGUUGCCAAUGUGCGGAGAAGCGACACCGACAACGCGAACGACGCACGUGAUGAGGCGUUGCAUUUGCCGGUGGUGCUUGUCGGCACUCACGCAGAUUCCAUCGCUGGUCUGCCUUCUACGGAACGGCUUGCUGCCGCGCAACAUCAAUUGAAUUGCCUUCAACGGUGGUUUGAAGAACGUGUUGAGCUGCAGAAGGGAUCUGCUGAGAACCACCUACUACCGCAGCCGAUGCUAGUCGAUUCCUGCCUUACGAAUACGUUCAACUUUUUAUUUAUUUCUGAUUACUCAAAUAAUAGGACGGCAUUUCAGACGCUUUUUCAUCGGAUGCUGCGAUUUCUUCACCACACUGCGCCAUUGAGCCCAAUACACCUCUUGGCACGGUGGCUUCCUCAACGCCUGCUCUUUCCGCGUGAAACUCCGGUUGAGGCGGUCAGUGAAACUGCCGAGUCCACGGAGUUGAGAAAGAGUUAUCCCCAUUUAAUGAUGAGUGGGACACUUGAGGGGUUUUGGGAGCUCCAACGUCACCGUGGUGUUUCUGCCGCAGCAAUGGAAAAACAGUACUACGAAGGGGACCAUGAAGAUGGGAAGGCGCAACAGAUUUCUCUUCCUGCCCCCAUCUCCCCACAUACACUGGGGUUGUGGUGGAGCCGCAGUUCAGCAGGGCUUCUUGUUCUCUUUACUGCCCUCCAACGGUUGCGGCAAUUUGUUUCUUGUUGCUUUGACGAGCAAUCCUUGGAAAACGCGGUGCUCUACCACCUGGGCUUUGUUUCUCCAGAUGCUCCUGAUGAAGUGGAUGUGGGUGAAGCAAUGGAACCUUUUCUGUGUGAAAGGGAUGUGUUUCUGGAGGCGCUACUGGAAGAGUGUCGGCUUCGCGGUGUGCUCUUGUUUCUUUCCUGCACUCUAGCCAAUUCCCUGGAAGAGAAGGGCUGCGAGAGUGACCUGGGUUAUGUCCACAACCCAUCCCCCUCGAGGUCGCUGCCUCAGCGACUGUGCAUGGUGAUUCUUGGUCCAGAGUGGGUGGAGAAUAUCUGGUCAAAGACGUUAGCACCACAAAUGGUUGUCUAUCAUACCAUGUCUCUGUUACGUGGUUCUGAAAGCAUUCUAACUGAUGCCUUGAGUAACAUUUUUGGGUAUUGCGAGGAACAGCUUGGCAUCGCAUUUACUGCAGCAGACUUCACAGCAGUGUGGCCGCAGUUGUCUCAGAUUUUGUCAACGGCCUCCGCCGAGGCUGCGGCUGACAACAUCAACACUAUAUGUGACUAUUUCUAUCAAUACCUUACACGAGGCUCUGUUUCCUUGGCGCUUCUGCAGUUCUUAUGGGGCCCACCGUAUAACAUUCUUGCGACAAAUGAAAUGAGCGCUAGAAUGGCUCUUGUGGGAAGUGGAUUGGCACGCAGAAAGGUGAGAAAUGAGCGCGAAGUAUCAACUGAUGAUCAAGAUGGACUGAUGCAGUUGUAUCUGCCAUCUGCUGUUUUGACGAACAGAAGUUUAUUAUGUGCGUAUGGUGACUAA